CUUUAUGUAUUCUGUUAAUAUUUAUUAAUUAUAUGGCUUAAACCUUUAUUCAAUAGGAUUAGAAAUAAAUAAUGCAUAAUGCAAUGAGACAACCUUAUCAAAAAAUAGGAAAUGAUAUUAGAGAAAAAGUGAUAUACGACAUAGUUUUCUAAGAAAAUUCGAUAAAGCAAGUAUACUUUGAAUUUGAUAAAUUAGACGGCGUUAAAAUAUGGAUUGAAGUAUUCAACAGCAAAUGGGAUUGUAUAGACUUAUCAAUAAUAAGGAAGGUGUAUGAAAAAAGAUAAGAGAAAUAAGAAAUAAUAUUUUAAGAGAAACAAAAUUCUUGUCAUAAUUGACAUCUAAACGGGUGAUAUCAAUCUAUAUUAAUAAUAAACAACAUCUAAUGUAUUAAUAAUUGAAUCAUCCAUUAAUCCAAACAAUUAAGGUAAUUUCAAAUAGCAAGAUUAAUUUCGUCAUUCAAAAGAGUGUACUGAUUAAUUCAUCCAUCAAGACAUUGAAUCAAUCUCAAAUAAUUUGAUAUUCUGGAUGAAAAAGAAAAUGAAAUUUGGAAAUAACAUAAAUGAUGUUUCAUUUUAUAAUUUCAAAACUCAAAAAAGAAUAACAAAAAGCAAAAGCAUACUAACUUUAAAAGAGAGUCAGCCAUUAUAGAAAUUAAAUAAAGAGAUUAAAUGUGAAGAAUAACAUAAUAAAAAUAGAUCUGAAUAUAACAAUUUUGAGAAAUAGGCUAAGAGCAUAUAAUAAGAAUAGGAUAAUAAUUAGGAGUAAUCUGAUUCAAUGAGGAGUUAAAGCUCUGAAAGUUAUUGUAACGAGUCUCAUAUUUUUGAUUAGGAUAAAAAAUAUUCAAUCGAAAUAUAGUUAGAUAAUAUAAUUAAGUUAUGGAAAUAGUAAAUAUUUUUGAUGUCAUAAAAGUGA